AUGUCGUCUGUUUCACCGAGUCCGUCUAUCACCACGCGUGAGCAGGCUGUAGUAGAGUCGUGGAGUCAGGGCUUCAACGUUGGCGGCAUUGUUAUUCUGAUUCUCUUGGUCUUGUGCAAUUAUCGGAGGAAGACGUUACUCCACAAGCUGAUUAUUGGUGAAUUGCUACUCGCAUUAGGCCAUGGCUUCUUUUCCUUCUUUGAGAAGCCCGAGUACGGAUGGAUCCUCAGCAGCACUGCGGCUCUCUUAUACAUCUCAUACUUUGUCCACAACCUAAUCGCAUGGCUCAAGAUCCGGCCCUUCCUCCCAAAAUGGGGUGCUAGAGCCUUCAUCAUCACCCUGCUCAUGGUCCAGCCGUACUGGGUUCUCGAGACCUGGGCCAACUUCGAGUACAACAACCAACUUGGUAGCAAAUUAUUCGACACGUCAAGAUUACUUGAACCACUAUUUAGAGACCCCUGGUGGGUUUUCACGACCAUAAAGCUGGUUAUGGCUAUCAACGAGAAUUACGAGUUUACGAUCCCUGGUCUCAUCCGCACGAGUCCAAGAUUUGGGAUUAUGUUGCUAUGUCUCCUCCUAUCCAUCAUCUUCCUCUUUACGGAUGUUAUUUUUAUGAUUGUCGUGUCCAGGAGAGGGGGCAUGAACCCUUUUUGGAGGCUCGCUCUGGUUUUCAAAUGUGCGUCCGAUGUCAUAUUCCUAGACGAUUUCAAGAGCGUACUAGACCACAUCUCAGAGUCAGCAAUGCGGAAAAUCACAAACUUUGAAUAUCGAGACAACGCAUCGUCAUCUAUCAAUCCACCAGCUUCGACUGAGUUUUCCUCGCCUGAGAUUCACCGCAAAGGCUCAAGGUUUGGAUUAUCCUCCAGAACUGAGAUGGGGUCGAUGCUGCGUCCUACGACGUCUCGAGAUGAUGGUCACUAUGAAUAUGCUCCUAGCAGUAGACGGGGUUCUGCGGAUAAUGGGAGUACACGGCUGUGGCAUGAGGAUGAUAUUCCUUUGGAGCCUGUGAAGGCCAAGACGAGGUUUGAUCAGACUCGUUGA